UAGUUAACAAAAGUUCGGGACGGAUGUAAUUGUUGCCGUCCGAACAAGACGCAUUAUUUUUACGCAUCACCAUGGCAGACUAAGUCGUUUUUUUAGUACUGUCGAGACUCUAGCUCAUAGAUUACACUUAAUUACGGAGUCUAAAUAGCAUGGGAGCCAACCAUCGAUCCUUUGUUUAUGUACUACAAUGUGAAAUAAAACAAACAAAAUGCAAAAAUACUCUUCAAGUUCUCUAAGUUGGAAAAUAUCAUCAUUUUACACAUCGACUAUGUAGUGUCACAGAUAGUACAAUACUCCAUAUUAUUAUACUACUCUUUGAUAAUACUAGUGUGUUCUUACUUCUUAAUUCUUAUCAUUAUUUGUCACAUUUUGACAAUCGCAUUGGCGGCAAUGUUCGUAACUAAUAUUGUUCUGCGUUGAAGUUUCUAUUUCACAUUUUAAAUAUUUUUAAUUUGAAAGAGAAGCAAUAUGGAGCCUCAGUUUCAAUUUCCGUUUGAACCAUAUGAUAUUCAAAAGAAAUUCAUGAAAGAGUUGUACGAUACAAUAGAUAAGCAAGAACUUGGUAUUUUUGAGAGUCCCACUGGAACUGGAAAGUCGUUGAGUAUUUGUUGCGGUGCAUUACAAUGGCUCAAAGACAAUAACAAAAAAGUCGUAGAAGAUUUAGAAAAGGAAAUAGCUGUAUUAAAAGAAAAAAAUUCUGAUAUUCCAGCUGCUGAUGACUGGCUACAAGAAGAGUAUCAUAAAAUUAAAAAUAACCAAAUUAUUGCUAGUUUGCAAUUAAAAUUAGAUAAAUUGAAUAAAAGGGAAGAAUAUUUCAAUGACCUGAAGAAGAGAGUAGCAUCAUGUAAGGCGAACAUUAAUAAAAUAGAUCGCUAUUUUAAAAAGCAAACUCCAGAGAUAACUGAAGAUAAGGAAAACAAAUUAGAAGAAGAUUUAGACAAUGAUUUAAUGAUUGAAGAUGUGGAUGUUCAAGAUGAUGAUUCUGAGCAUGAAGAUGUAGAAGAUAAUGAAAGUGAUCCUAUUACAAAGAUAUACAUAAGUAGCAGAACACACAGUCAGCUAUCUCAAUUUGUUGGAGAAAUUAAGCGUACAGUGUUCAAUAACAACGUUAGAGUAGUAACCAUGGGAUCAAGACAACAUUAUUGUAUCAACUCUGAUGUUAAUAAACUGAAGAAUGUCAACUUGAUUAAUGAAAGGUGUUUAGAUUUACAAAAAUCUAAAACUAAAUCAACCCUAACCGAUGAAGAUGGCAAUGUGUUAAAGAAAACCAAAACAAAAACAUGUACGGGCUGCCCUUUUUAUAAUCAGAGUAAUAUUACAAAACUCAAGGAGAGAUUGUUGGUUGAUAUUAUGGACAUGGAAGAUUUAGUAAAGUGUGGCAAAUUGUUAAAGGCAUGUCCAUAUUAUGCCUCUCGAAUGGCUUUAGAUGAGUCUGAGCUCGAUGAAGUGGGUCGCAUUCUGCGUAACGUCUGUUCCAUAGUACCCGGUGGGGUCGUGUGUUUCCUACCCUCGUAUUCGUAUGAACAAGUGGUCUAUGAUCAUAUGAAAGUUACCAACGUGAUAGACGCUAUAUCGAAAAAGAAAACCGUGUUCCGUGAACCGAAGUCAGCUGCUGAUGUUGAUCAGGUGCUGCAAAAAUACGCAGCGGCGAUUAACAACAAAGAUGAACAAAGAACGGAAAAAACAGGAGCGUUAUUACUUAGCGUCGUUGGCGGUAAGCUCAGCGAGGGACUUAACUUCAGCGAUGAUUUAGGGCGUUGUGUGUUAGUAUUUGGCCUGCCUUACCCCAACGUGAAGUCUCCAGAAUUGAAGGAAAAAAUGAACUAUUUAAAUAAAGCAGCGCCGGGCGCUGGGGCCCAAUAUUAUGAAAACCUAUGCAUGAAAGCUGUUAACCAAUGCAUAGGGAGAGCCGUGCGUCACAUUAACGACUACGCAACAGUUUUGCUGGUGGACGAAAGAUAUUCAAGGCCUAGUACUAUCGCCGCUCUACCCUCUUUUGUCCAGAAAUCGUUGAUACCGAAUUGUAGUUUCGGUCAGACGGCCAGCAGUAUCGCAAGGUUCUUUUCGAGACACAAAAUUAAAACGCAAUAAGGAAAUUCCUUAUUUUUUUAUUAAGUAACUUUUAUUUAAUGUAGACGUAAAACAUCUUAAUUUAAUACUAGUGUUUUAUUUAUAAGUUUCAACUAGCCUUUAAAAGGUAACAUCAAGUAUUAAUUAUUACAGUUGGAGGAAGUCUGCCACAAGGCAACGGACAUCUUGAUAGCCAACAAGUUUGCUCUAAAAAAUGAUUUGGAGGAUAAUUCUAUAGUGGAUUGUAUAUUCAAGCGUCUAUCGCUUCAUCUUCUUCAUUCUCUGUGGUCGAUAUAUAUAUCGAUAUCUCCACCAUUCUCAGUCUACACAGAAUUUGUACC